GGAAAUCAAUCAACAUUGCCACUCAUAAAUUGUUCAGGGCGACGUGAAGAGGAUGCAUGUCAAAGAAAGGUCAUAAGUAGUAGGUCACGGCGACGUGAAGAGGACAUAUGUCCUCUGUUUUCCGUUCUCCUUAUCUUUUGCGCGCCCACCUACGGUCCACAUAAAUAUUGGAGGCAAGCAAGCACACGAAUGGCCUGACACUCUAGAGGCCAGUAACCAUGGCAAUGGCAGCCUUUCUGUUGCUGCCGCUCUUCUUCUUCCUCGGCGCGGUCUUGGUGCUUCGUGCCCGGAGACCCCCGAGGCCUGACAAGAAGGCGGGGUGGAUGCAGCCGUACCCGCUGCUGGGCCACCUGCCGCAGUUCCUGGCGAACCGGCACCGGAUCCUGGACUGGAUGACCGAGGUGCUCGAGCUCGAGCCCACGUGCACGUUCCUGCUCCGCCGGCCGGGCGGCGUCCGGGGCGUGAUCACCGCGAACCCGGCCAACGUGGAGCACUUCCUGCGCGGCAGCUUCGACAACUACCCCAAGGGCGCGCGCUUCGCGUCCCUGCUCCACGACUUCCUCGGCCGGGGCAUCUUCAACGCCGACGGCGAGGCCUGGCGCGCGCAGCGGAAGGCCGCCAGCUACGAGUUCAACACGCGCUCGCUGCGCGCCUUCGUGGCGGAGACCGUGCACGGCGAGCUCCACGGGCGGCUCCUCCCGCUCCUGCGCCGCCGUGCCGCCAGCGCGAGCACGCUCGAUCUGCAGGACACGCUCGAGCGGUACGCGUUCGACAACAUCUGCCGCGUCGCCUUCGACCACGACCCACGCCAGCUCCCGGACGAGGACGCUCAAGAGGCGGAUCAUGAUCAUGGCACCGCGAGCAGCAGGUUCGCCGACGCCUUCCGCGACGCGAGCAACCUCAGCGCGGGGAGGUUCCGGUACGCCGUGCCGGGAUUCUGGAAGGUGAAGAGGGCUCUUAACCUUGGGUCGGAGCGGCGGCUGCGCGAGUCCGUCGCCAUGGUGCACGGCUUCGCGGACCGCAUCAUCGCGUCGCGGCGGGAGGAGCUGAGCACGGGCUGCGGCGACAAGCACGACCUGCUGUCCAGGCUCAUGGCGAGCGGCGAGGACGACGACCGGUACUACUACACCGAGGAGGCACUCCGCGACGUGGUGAUCAGCUUCCUCCUCGCGGGGCGGGAGACGACGUCCUCCGCGCUCACCUGGUUCUUCUGGCUGCUCUCCUCGCGCCCGGACGUGCGGCGCCGCAUCCGGGACGAGGUCGCCGCGGCGCGCGCGCGCCGUGCACACAGGAGCGAUGCCGCGGCCGCGGGUUUCGAUCUGGACGAGCUGCGAGAGAUGCACUACGUGCACGCGGCCAUCACGGAGUCGAUGCGGCUCUACCCGCCGGUGCCCGUGAACACGCUGCAGGCGCAGGCCGACGACGUGCUGCCGGACGGGACGGCGGUCGGGGCGGGGUGGUUCGUGGCGUACAACUCGUACGCGAUGGGGCGGAUGGAGUCCGUUUGGGGCGAGGACGCGCGGGAUUACCGGCCUGAGCGGUGGCUGGACCCGGCGGAUAAUAGGACGUUCCGGCCGGAGAGCCCGUUCCGGUACGUGGCGUUCCACGCGGGGCCGAGGCUCUGCCUCGGGAAGGAGAUGGCCUACAUCCAGAUGAAGUCUAUCGUGGCGUGCGUGCUGGAGGGAUUCGAGGUGGAGGUGGACGCCGCGUACCGGCCGCGGCAGGUCACGUCGCUGACGCUGCGCAUGGCCGACGGGCUCCCGGUCAUGGUGAAGGCUAGAGGGAAUAAAUAAUGGAGUGGAGGACCACGUGAAGAUAGACUGAGAAUAAGUGGCUGCUAUAUAUGCAUGAUGUGUCCCAGUCUCCCGGAUGGAUGGAUCAUCGAUACUGCAGUUUGCUAGCAUAAUUUUCUCAUUGAGAAAUGUACACCCAUAAUGCCAUACAGCACAACGUCUGUGACUAAUUCGCAGAUGGCAUAUCCGAUGCCAGAUAUAGGAAUCAAAAUGAUCCAUUUCUUAGCUAGGUAUCCGAUGCAGAUAUGGGAUUUUGCCGAACCAGGUGCCACACUUCACAUGCGCAAUUCAACGAUCUUUACGGA